AUGUCCCGCAACAUCUGCAUCACCUCCGUCGAGGGCAACACCGGCUUCCUCAUCGCCGAACUCCUCCUCUCAGAUGAGAACUUCUCCAAACAGAUCGGCACCGUCUUCGGCAUCACCCUCAACCCCGACUCCCAGCGCUGCAAGGACCUCCAGACCCUCGGCGCUACCAUCGUCCCGCGCCAGCCAGGCCGCCUCAAGAACGUCACCGCCAGCAUCAAGAACACCGGCGCCGACACCGUCUGCCUGGUCCCGCCCGCCAGCCGCGACAAGGUUGACAUCACCACCGAGCUUAUCGAAGCGACGAAGCGUGCCGGCGUGCCGAAUGUGCUCUUCCUCAGCGCUGCGGGGUGUGACCUGGCUGAGCCCGAUAAGCAGCCCCUUCUGAGGGAGUUCAUUUAUCUCGAGGCCAUGUUUCUGGCCCUGAAGGGGGAUCCGAGUUCGGUGGCGGGGAGGUCGCCGGUUGUUAUUCGCGCUGGCUUUUACGCCGAGAAUCUGCUUGCGUACUCGCUCCAGGCGAGGGAGGAGGGAUACCUGCCUAUACCGAUUGGGCAGGACCAUAAGUUUCCUCCUGUUGCGUUGGGUGACGUUGCAUUGCUCGCAGCGCAUGUCCUCACGGGACGAGGAAAGAAUGGCUUCAAUGAUAAGCACCGCGGGCAACUGAUGACCCUAACCGGCCCCGCCCUCCUGAACGGUGACGAACUAGCCCGAGCAGCGAGCGAGGCUCUCGGAAAGGAUAUGAAGUUCGAAGAUAUCUCCGAGUUCGAGGCUAAGAAGGUCCUCAAGAGCCAGACGGAUACCGACAACAGCGAGAUCCAGUUUAUCCUCGAGUACUACUCGCUUGCCCGCGAGGGAAAGACCAACUAUGUCUGCACCACGGCGUUCUGCGACGUCACUGGGGAUGAGCCGCAGCAGCUGGUCGAUUUCUUCAAGGCUUAUCCGGAUGAGUUCUCGGAAAAGAAGCCGGCAAAGAGGAGGAAGGUCGACGGGAAAUGA